GCGAGCUAAUCGGGAGGAGCAAAAAAAUGGUUGAACGCAUAUUGGAGGAAGAGGAGAACGGCAGCAGCAGCAAUACCCCAGCUGCUACUGUCGCCGGAGCUGCUACUAAUGCAAUAACUAGCACCAACAUUAAUGGCUCAGCUGUUAGUGGCAGCGACAGUGGUGUGGGCGGUGGCGGCACUUUCUCCACGGACACCGAUAAUAGUAGCAGUCAAUCAGGCGGCCAUAAUGAAAUUACACGCUACAGCAGCGAAGAUGUUUCGGGCAAUGAGUCCAGCGAGGCGGCGCCCAAAAUGACGGAAAUUGAACGUCAGGCGGAACUCAAUCGUCAUAAGGAGGAAAUGCAAAAGAAGCGACGCAAGAAGAAACGCACCAGUUCUUCUUUGCACUCGUCAACAUUUCAAGAAUUGUAUAAACUGCCGGUAACCUAUUUUCAAUAA